UUUGAGCCUUGCAGGCAUCUCUGACAUCAAAAGCCUUCUUACACGCUUGAUAUACUAAAGCAGUGAAGAUCAAGAUGAACUAGAACCGAUUUGACGGUCUCGCCUCUGACUGUUGUGGUGGCUUUGAGGCCGAAGCAGAUGGAGCGUCAACGAGGAGAAGCUCGAGGGGCGCCCGGAGCAGCUCGACGGCCUCAAAAGCCAUCAAUUGGCUCGAAAACGGCCUCAAACGCGAGCCCUGACACGGACGGGCAUCAAUCCAAGCCCCAGAACGUUCAUAAAGACGGCCAGGACGGUGCGGGACGUCCUAUUGCUGCCCAAAGCUCCGAAUCGCCCAAGGGUGCAGCCCCUGGGUCGGCCGCGCCGCACGCGUCGGCCGCGUUGUUCUCGAGCAACGAUAACGAUGCACAGCCGCACCCGGCAGCAAAUUACCAGCCACACAACGGCAUUCGGCCAAACACCAGCAAUGGGCAGCAGCACAGCCCUGCGGUUUCGGUAACUCAGCAGCCUCCUGUUGCUGGCCCCUCUGCCUCUGGUACUACGGAUACACAGAGUGAACAAAAGGCAGCUGAGGCGCGCAUAGGCGCCGCUCGGCCAAUGCCGGCCGCAUCGACUGAGACAUGUUCGCGUCCCCCAAAGCCCGCCGCGGACGCGAGGGCCCCAGCUUCUUUGACGUCUUCUUUGCCUAGUCUUCUAACGUCUGCGCCAGCUGCCAAUAGCAGGCUUGGUAGUGAUCUCGGCCGUCAGCACGGCUCUCCAGGCGAUGCCCAUGGCUCGGCAGCCAGCAUUUCACCCGUUGGGCAGGUUUCCGCUGAUGGUGGGCGAGCCCCCGUCAGCAAGCCGAUCCUGAAGAUGAGAAGGACAGGCCAAAACUUCCCCAUAGCCUCACCUAGGUCGUCUUCCCCCUUACGGACGCCUGCAUCACUCCAUCAGAAGAAGGCCCCUUCGCCCAAUAAGACGAUAGGUCCUGUGCAACAGGGCAGCAGGGGCUUAUCGAAAGACCCCGAGACCACUCAGAACGGCGGUUCUGGCGUACGGGAAGCAGCAAAUGGGCCAGAUAUCGACAGGAAGUCAGGGUCGGGUACUCCUGUCCGGUCUUCAGGACCUUCAACCUACACUCAGUUCUUGGGUGGCCUGACUGCGAAACCGAAAAGCCUUGACGGGCAAUCGAAAGCAGUACCAAAACCAGCCCACAGCAAAACAGAGACCACCCCCACGGAGAGCCUUUCCAUAGGCAAUCUUACAGAUCAUGUGGCCGACGAAUCUUCUGAUGAUGAGAUCAAGUACGAGGCCACCCCUAAGCUAGUCGUCUCCGACGAUGUUUCUGAGGACGACUUGGAAGAUGACACUUCCGAAGACGAAACGGAGCUUGACGGUGAGGGCGAUGCUACACUGGUCUCUACCGCUUCGCGGGAGGCGGAUGCAUCAUCUCGACAGCUAUUCCAUCCGCCUGAUGAAUCCGAUUACGGGGACGAGGUUGGUGACGAUGAAGGCGAUGAGGACGAUGAAGGCGACAGUACUGUAUCUGCAUCGCCGUCAGAGUCCUCGCCAGCUGCAGACGAGGAGCCCAUGGUCACGGUCUCAUCUGCCAGCAUUCAACGCCGACAAGAUUACCCUGGGCGAAUUUUGGAGACAGCCAAAUCCGGUCGCCCGUACCAUACUUGGCUCGAUGGGAGAAGUUCGUUCCACAAUGGCGGUGCACUCUUCCCUGAUGGGUACCAGAAAAGUACCAGAUUCGCUGGUUCUUCGUGGAUAUGCCCAGUGCGCUCGUGUAGGCAGGUACACAAGACUGCCUUCAGCCUUGGCGACCACUUCAAGGUGAAGCACAAGAGAUUCAUGUUCAACGAUAAUAUGGACGGCACCUUGUCAGUUGUUGGGUCGUACAGCAAGAGAAGCCAGCCCGGAAAACACUUACCUGUUGUUGUCAGCCGACGGCCCUUGGACCCAAGAGAGCCGCCAAUGGCUGAGGCAAUGGAGCCAACAGGGAGGGACAGAUUCCCUUCCGACGCAAUCCAGGCCGAGUCCGAUUCUGAGAGCGAAAGCCUGGACCCCGAAACCUUGGUGACUGGGGAUAUCGAAGAUCCAGCCCGACCUGCGGGCCCCUCUCAAGUCCUACGGCGGGGCAGUGCCCAUGAAAUGUGGCAGUACAUCCGCCCCUUUCUGACAAAUCACCGAGACUCAUCCCCAACAGGGAAUUGGAUACAAGACGUCGUCCGCCUCCCUCGCGUCCGCGACAUCAAAUGGAACGAGCCUAGGAUCAAGGAGCUGCCAUACAUGGAUACCCACCUACGAGACAUAACGGCACUCAUCAUUCAGGUGACGGGCGUCGAGGCCCCAACGCCAUGCGCGGCUUGCGCGCAAGGUAGGGGACCGUUCAAUGGCUGCGUCAGGAUCUCGCCACAGGCAAGCCAAGAAUCACGCAACAGCGUCUUGGCCUGUGCGAAUUGCUACUACCACUGCAACCAGUCCAAGUGUAGUCACUGUGCUGCAGCCGUGCCGCGUCGCGACAGACAGCGACGGGAGCGUUUGAGAGACAAGAAAACGAUCUACAAUGUGAAAGUCCUUUCAGACAGAGCGCGCGGAAGAGCGCGCGGAGCCAUCAGACUUGAAAAACCAGUCAAGGAGCCCCGGGCAUCUCGGACAACGGUAGACAACUCGCCGGAGGAGACUUCUCACCCAAGGGUGAAGAUCUACCAGCCGGAUGAGAUCCAUAGUCUGGAGAUGGCAAGCAAGGAUCGCGCGUACAAGAUGAUCAGGGGAGAGCAUGGGGAGCCCAUUUCUAUGUGUGGGGCCUUGAUACCAGAUCGCUAUGAUCUGGAUCGAACGGUCCCUGGCCGGCCUUGGGUGUGUCCAAUCCGUUCCUGCAGGGCCGCGUUCAAGAAAAUUGUUGGUUUGGGAUCUCACUUUGCGGUCAAGCAUCGGGGAAAUUUGUUGAAUGACAACCAGGAUGGCACACUGUCGAUUGUAGGUGCCUACAACAGCCCACUGAAAGGCUCCAAGUACUGUGCUCCUCUGGUCAUAUCACAAAAACCUCUGGAUGAGAGUGAACCUCCGAUGGAAGCACCGAAGGUGCCCGGUUAUGUUCGUGUUGGCGAUACGAACUCGGAGCCUCCACCUCGCCCGGCAGACCGUGUAGCUUUGAACCCCGGCAGAUCGGCAGACUCAGCACAGCUCAACCGGGUUGAGCCGCCCGAGUCCGACAAACACAGCGGAGCAAAACGAGUCUGGAACCACAUUCUGCCCUUCCUGCCUCAGCCUUUGGACCCCAAGAUCUUCGAUCCAGAGAUCAUCAGACUCUUUGCUCUGCCGGUGCUCCAGAGAGUCCAAUGGAGGAAUUCAUGGAUGAAACGCCGUUUGGAUAAUGAUCGAUACCAAAUAUUCGCAAUACUUGUGCAUGUCCUUGGAGUCGAGCGAAAUGCCAGUGGCGAAAGGUGUUGUUCGCUUUGCAUCAGUGGCGAGGGUCCUUUUGAGGGAUGCUGGACCCUGCCUAGGGCCGCCGCCUGGGAAUCGCACCGGUAUGCGACGUGUUGUGCGAAUUGCCUUUUCGCACAUAAGAGGUCACAUUGCAGUGUCAAGUCCAGCUGGGAAACAAGAUGCAUUACGAGGCCUGGUGAGAAGACAUUCACAGGCACACCUCCGCCCGUCGCUGAGUGGGCUGCGACUGCCACUACAGCAAACGACAGCAGCCAGGCUAAGAAACGCCAACUGUCUCCUUCCGGUGCCAACGAAGAAUCACUCUCACAACGCCGGCGGUAUGAGCAGAGCACGGGAUCAAAUGACGAAGAACAACCUGGAGCUGGCAGAAGAAUUGUCACCUUGCCUCUGCCGCUGUCCAGGAGAACAACUCGCGCGACAAACGCCCGAACGAGGAGACACGAAUCGCCCGAACCACAGCCGGAGCAGAGCAAACCCCUUGUUUCGACAUCUUCAUCGGCAGUUAUGAUGGCCGGUCAGCAAACCUCAGACGAGCUGCUUGAAAUGGAAGACUGGGAGAUCGCACCUGGGCGCAUUCGCGAGGACGGCUCCGCACACCCAAACAACAUCGCGUUUUCCAAGGCGUUCCUGGAGAACAGCCAGAGCAUCCCGGUAGCUGCCGACGUCUCGUUCCGGGUUGAUACAAUAAAAUCGGGCCACAAGCUCGAAUUCGAGGCUACCACAUCCAACACCCGCUACUGCUCUGUCGCCACCGGUAAGCUACGCGUCUCGAUCGCCGGCCAGCCAGAAUUCGUUAUUGGCCCUCAUGGGGUGUUUAAGAUCAAGCCUGGGGUGAAGGCGUGGGCGCAAAAUCGUCUCUACAUCGAUUCGGUGGUGCACGUGGUUUCAGUGCGUGAGUAGGGGCUUCGUUGGCCACCACACGCUCAGAUGAAUGUGGCCGGGCAACCGAAGUGGGUGUCUCUAGGAGUCAUGAAGCAUUGCAGGCGUUAAGGGCAAUAGCAUGCAGCAUCCGGCGUCCUCCGAUGUACAGUGACAGUCCUAGAUGUUGAAAGGACCUUAAUAAGACCGCCUUCAGAAAUGAAAAAAAUUGGGUCUGCAAAGGCCAUCUAGUGGCUGCGAAUAACAGGCUCCGGCAACCAGUCCUCGUGAUGUAGAAGCAGAGUGUUUGCAGACUGAGGUUUGCGGGUAUGUGUUUGAUUGAUUACUCGAGUGUCCAUGACGCGUCCACGGUAUCUCUCCCGUGGGGCAUCCUCACUAUGGCAUAGCUUCCUGUAGUAUACUGUCCGCGGAUGUCAUUUGUUGUCAGGAGGUAACGGCUUGUGGCCCCUUCCACCAACUCUUCAAGCCCUCCACGUCGCACCACCCUACAUCCGCCGGAUCCUCAAACCACCAAUUCGUCCCGGGCUUCGGCCUCUCGUUCCCGUAUUUCUUCAAGCUGCCGCCAUCGAACCUGUGAUUCUUCACACCAAGCAGUAGCACAACGCUGCCGAUAGCCGGGGCGAACCCGUCCGGGUCCAGGAAGACGGUUAGGAGUACCUGCUUGUCUGUCGAAGGAUCGGCCAACCUCGCCAUGCGCUGCUUUCCGACGUAGCCAGGCAGGAGUGCAGGCUCGACGUCGGAGAGCCAGGUGACCACCGCGAGGACGUUGACGGCCCAAUUCUGCUUGUAGGGCAGGUGAGGGAUGGCCUUGAGCGGUGUAAGCUUUAGUGGCUUGCCCAGGGGCUGCUGCCUGAGUUCUGCCUCCUGACGACGUUCCUUGAUCGUCUGCUCGGAUACCUGGCGGCUUUCGAACGCAUCUUCCUCAUCAGAAUCGGGUCCCUCAGCCUUGUUUGCCGUAGAGGGAUAUGUUGUUUCGAGGUCUGGUGUGUCUAGUUCUGGUGCAUCAAUUUGUGGACGGGUCGCUGCUAUGCUGCGAUUCUGUCGGCCAGAGGCGAGUUCGACAUCCUCUCCCUGGGGGCCCACGGAGGUGUACGAUUCCUCCUGUCCUGUUGUCCCAGCCAUCUGCAUAUAUGCAGUGUUCCAGCCGACAGUGGUCAUAUCCUUUAUCACUAGAUAGACCAUUUCCACUGCACCAUCGGAGUCGUGAUCGGCAUCCGAGUCCACUGCGACCGACUGCACAUUAAAGCUGCUCAGUCGCACGUAGCAUCCCACAAAGAUGCGGCCUAUAUCCACAAACCGGUGCAUUUCUGACCGGAGUAGCGCCUGGAUGCAUAGCUCCCCAUCACCCAAGAGCAGACGGACGGUUCGGUAGCGUUUAGAAACGGCCAGGUGUGCAUCGAUACCUUCCACCAAGAAUAUGGAGCCCUGGAUGCAGUGGCGAGUACGUAGGACCUCAGAUAUCAAGGGACGAGGCUCGAACGGCUCGGUGGGAUCAGCCGCCACCACCGCGGCCUCAGGAGUCACUUCGGAGGCGGGCAUGGGUGCGACGGCCUAGGGAUUGAGAGAACAUGGCUGCGAGCCUAGAGACUUCUGUAACUCUCAUAUCCGACGGAUGACGAAAGACUUUCCUAGUCAGUAAAGCUCACGGAUAUUGAAUGUUUGGCGACUCGUGGGCGUGUAAGCGUAGGGC